AUGAUAAUGAGAUCAAAAUUCCGAUCUGAUCCAAAGCAUCUGAAUCUUGUUUGAUAGUGAUCCUUUUUUUAUCAAUGAUUUGAAAUUAAUGUGCAUGAUACCCAAAAUUACUUGAAAACGCCCAAAAAAAGGAAAAAAAAACCCGUUUUGUUACUAAUAAUACGUUCAUGAAUGAGAUUGUCUAUUUUUUUGUCUUAAAUUUUUAAACUUUUUUUCAAGAUCUAUUCCAGUCGUUCGAAAGUGUUUCAGAUAAAGAAAAAAAGGUGUUUUUUUAAAAUUCAAAAAAAGAAGCCUUGACUUCCAUGAAAAAGCAACAUCCGCUCAAGAAUUCUUCAAAAAAAUUAAUAUUUUUCCUGGUUCUCGAGUUCCAGUCACAAGAAAAGUCAGUAACUCGAUUGAAAUGGCAAGCGUGUCUAUUUUAAAAUAUUCACUGAAAGAUGAAGAAAAUUAAAAAAAGCAAGGAAAAUAAAGUAAAUAAUUAUUUUCGACGUGUAAGAAUAAAAGUCAACGCGACGUGUAAAGUUCAAAAGAAGGUCAUUUUUAAAUCUCGAGUGUCUCCAGUCCACUAGUGGAAGCACCAAGAAGCAAGCAAUGGAGGACACGAUCUGCGACAAGAAGACGAUGGAGAAUUGCAUUGAAGGUAUGAUAGGGUACUGUAGGUAGGGACCGCAAGCCAUUUCUUCAGAACGAUUCAAAAAAUAUGUUUUUCACAUUGUUCGAUAGAGGAGACUGUCCAUUUUCAUAAUCCGUUUAGUGUUUGAAAAAAGCUCCACUAAGAAAAAAGUUAUGGCCAAAAAAACUAGCGCGCGCGGCGUACAACUGGAGGCAAAAAUCUCACGGUUUACCCGCUGCCGCACGCUUUCUUUUUAAAUGUUUUUUUGCGCGUUUCUGGACCGUUUUUUUAAAUCGGUUUUCUGUUUUUGAGAGGUUGUCCGAACUGAGCCUCAUGUUUUUGGUAUGAAUCUUUUUGUACAAUCCUCAUAAGAAUUUUUUUGAUAAAAUAUCAAAAAAACUACCUAGAAAAAAAGGUCAAAGGGAUUUUUUUCAGCUUAUUUUUUUCUUUUUUUCUACUCAGAAAAAAAUUAUUAUCAUUCGAUUUGGAAAAAAAGAAAAAAAUGAAAAAAAUAAUGUUAUUUCGAAAUAAAACAGGAAAAAGUGCAAUUUGACUCCGAAAAAAACGGCUCCUGCAACAUUUAAAAGGGCGCAUCGGUGUGUUUGACGCAAACACUGCUACGGACACUUGCACGAAAUCUUCCGAAAUUUCAAAAAAAAUUGCUAUUUUUUCGAGGUUUUCAAAGCCGUUAUUUUUUUCGCGUCGAUCGAUUUUUUUCAUAAUUUUUUCAUUGGUAGAGUUUUGAACGCUUAAUAACAUAAUCAAAAGUAUAGACGCGAUCCUAUUCUCUCAUGCGUCAACGAGGCAGGCGAAAAAAGGAGGUUUUGGUAAAAUUCAAAUAUAAUUUGAUUCGCUGUCCCAAUAAUUAUUUUUCAUUUUGAAUUUUUUUAUUUUUUUGGACACACUGUUAGUUUUUUUAAAUCGAAUAAAAAAAGUAUACCAUGUCGCUGAAAUUUUUUUCGCAUUUCAGCUUCAAAGUUUGGUGUCACUUUACAAGCUUUAAUAUUUUUUUCGCGUCGGUAGAUUUUUUUAUUUUCACUCAAAAAAAAUAAAGAAAGUGUAAAUGUAUAACAUACUUAAAAAUUUAGAAGCGUUCCUCACUUGGUUUUCUGAAACGCGACGUUUUUUUGUGAAACUUGUCAGUUUUUUUCGUGUUAAAUCUUACUUUUUUUCGCUUAUUUUUUUGAAAAAAACAUAGUUUUUUUAAAAAUAUUCAGUCUUGUAGAGCGUUGUCGAUUACAUAGAUUAGCAGAAACAGUUCAUUUUUAAAGUGGGACUUUAGCUAGUAUAAACGCCUCAAAACCGUUUUUGCAACAAAAAAAUCGUCAUUUUGGUGGCGUGAAGGGGUGGGGCUUUGCGCCCCCUAACUGUAGGCGCUAGGUUUGGUUCAAUCGCAAACCGAUACUCCCUGACGUCACUUUGAGAGAUCAUUCAGAACACAAUAAAUACGCGAAAUAAAAAUAUUUGCUUAUAUAUUUAUUUUGUUCACCCUGUUUGUCAACGUCACAGCGUUCUAAAGCGGGGUUCACGCCUACUGCUGCGAAAAGCGUGCGGACGCUGCUGCAAAAAGCGUGCGGACGCUGCAUGAAGUGGGCGUGAUUUAAUUAUCGGAUGGUACGACAAAAUCUCAAGUCCGCAAAUCUCGAGGACCGUAAUCUUGUGUACGCAGAUCUUAAGUCCCAUAAUCUUGGAAACCAAAAUCUUGGAGACCAAAAUCUUGGAAACCACAAUCUUGGAAAGCAAACAUCUUCCUUUUUAGUCUUCUUUAUUGCACUUUAUCUACUUAUAUUCUCUUGUUUGGAUCACCGAAUACAAUUUCUGAUAAAAUCUAUUGGCAAAAGCGUUGAUUUUUACUUUCCAAGAUUGUGGUUUCCAAGAUUUUGGUCUCCAAGAUUUUGGUCUCCAAGAUUAUGGGACUUUAGAUCUGCGUACACAAGAUUACGGUCCUCGAGAUUUGCGGACUUGAGAUUUUGUCGUACCAUCGAAUUAUCGACUUUCUAUGAUAGAUGCCGUGCACGGCGUUUUAAAAAGGGUGGACGUGAAGAGAAAAACUGGCAGGCGAUAAAAUGAUGAAAAAGUUCUAACGGCGGAGUACGGUAGGAGGAAGCAAGUUCGCGCCAGCGUACACUUCUUAUCAGAUAAUUAUUAAUUUUUCAAUUUACUUUUUCUUUUUUUUCACUUAAUUUCGUUGUUUUUAGAUCUUUUUGCUCCAUUUUUUUUUCCACAGUUGUUAAUAACUGAGACGAACAUUUUUCGAUGAACACGAUUUUUCUUGUUCCCGAUUUCGCGAAGUUUUCAGUUUUCGCAAAUCGUCUAAAAUUUGGACCUUAGUCUUUUACUGCAACUUGUUUUGUGUUUUUAACUUGUUCUCCAUCGUUUGAUUGAUAGUUCACCGUGAAACAUUUUCAAAAAAAGACUACUUUUCAGUGAUUUAAUGACGAAAAACAGGUUUUUCGAGAAAAGCUCUAAUUUCUCUAUUUCAAUCUUUAUUCGAAAAACUCUUUGAUUUUAUCUUAUUCUCCAUUGUUUGAUCAACAGUUCACCGUAGUAAUUUUUCAGAAAAAAAGCGAGUUUUCAAGAUUCUGGAGCAAAAAACAGAUUUUUUGAAAAAUCGCUCAUUUUUCACUCUUCAUAAGCUUCUAUAAUUUUUUGGGUUUCCUCUCGUCCCCCGUCAUGAGAUGAACAUUUCCACGUACGAUAUUCUCAGGAAAGAACAGUUUUACAGAGUUUAACAGUCAAAAACAUUUACACGCGCACGUAAAUCUACGCGGAGAAACGUCUCCUAAAACUGCGCGACAGUUGCGCUAAGCCGCGCCCACUAGCCACCCUCUCCAGCCUUUUUAAAACGCCGUGCCGUGUUCAAUUUGAUUACGCGAAAUGCAAAAUACCCGUUAGAGAAAGGGAAAGAUCACUAAAUUUUGGAGAGUCAUAGAUAAUUUUGCGUUUCGCGGAAUCAAAUUGAACACGGCAAAAGAUUACUAGUUUUUUCAUAUUUUCAAGUUUUGAUUGUAAUUUUCUCAACUUUUUCAGUCUUGUUGAGUGUUUUCAUGUAGCUUAUGUGUUUUCUCAACUUUUUCACAUAAUUUUGACUCCGAGUUUAAUCGCAAAUCGCUGCUCCCUGACGUCAUUUCGACGUGGCACACGCAGCUAUUUUUUUCUUCACGUUUUAUUAAUAAGUUUAUAAAAUUAGUAUAGACGUCAAAAACUUUUUCCAGUUACAUGAAAAAAACAGAAAGAUAAGACAUAUAUCACUUUUUAGAAACUUUCUUUAAUAAAAAAAACGUGUUUAUAUUCUCUGAUUUGCAUUUAGAAACCUUUUUCUCAAUCGAAUUUUUAGGGUCUUUGGAAGACGGCAAGGGCGACGCAAAAUGCGAAAGUUCAAGUGUGUGGGGCAUCCAGCGAGCCAGUUCGUUUCAAAUUUCUUUAAACUAUCAUCGGAAUAAGAAAAAUUCAUCAAUUUCAAAAAACACGAAACAUUGCCUAAUGCGAAGGACUCUUGUUUUUAGUUAAAUGUGUUUGAAAAAAAGGAAUGAGCCUUUCAAAAAUGAUGGUUGGUCGUAAAGGAGGUGAAGUCCUUAUUUGCUCCUUGAGGGAGUGGAUCUGCGCAAAAACCCUUUGUGUUUCGAAUCAUGUAAUACUGAUCGGUAGAGCUAAGAGUUCAGUAAAGCAACUAGAAAUGUGAUAAAAGUGAUAACCUCACAAGAACCGAGUAAACUCGAGCCUCGAACUAUUCCGUCCUUCAACUCUACAGUUAAUCAGUUUUUUAUAGAAAAAAUUUUAAGAGAACGCCUUCGUUUCGGUUUUUGGAGGACUUUUCCGGCUGAAAAGCGGAGCUGAAGUCCUUCCAACUAAUGCCUGUGAGCCCACGAGCCCCAACCAACUCAACGGCAGCGUCCAGAAGCCGACGGAAGAAGGUAGAUCAUCUUCAAUCAAUUAGAACAAAUCUGUAUUUUUUUAAUACUAGUAAGGCAAUUUUUCACUGAAGAAAUGGAAAACGAUGAGAAACAAUAAAUUGAACUUAUAUUUUUCAAUUUCGAAAUUCAGGAUCUAGUUGCUUUUGAGUCAAAUUCUGUAUCAUUGUAGCGCCUCCUGGCGAUCAAGUCAAAGGCAGCGGAGCCUUUCAAAAAACGGAGGAGAAAAAGGAAGACAUGGACAAGAUCCUAUCGGAGAUAACCUCAGCGGAAGCUACCGGAAAAGGUGGUCUCAAAGAGGGGCUCCACACGACGGCGGAGGACAGAAAAAUGAUCGUGGCAAAUAGAAACCGUAAGCGUUGCUUUUUUUUUCAUGAUUUAAGAUUUUUAUUAUCAUAUUAUCAUUUCCAGUAUCGAUUCAUUAUCACCCUCAACAGUAUAUCCAUUUUGCAAUAAUUAACAUAUUUUCUAAGGACCAUAUGACAUCUUAUAAGAAAAUUCAACAAAAGAAAAAAUAGAAAAAUAUUUGUGCGUAAUUAUUAGAAAAAUCAUCGAAGGAUGGAAAGAUUCAGUUCUUCAUUAAAUAUCGAAUUAAAAUGAACUUUUUGAGGUUUGUGAAUAAAUUAUAAUUCCUCUUAUAGUCCGUGUGCCACGACUUGAAAUUUGACGGAACGACAUUCCGCUGUUCCGCUGCGUGCGUUCGCGAAGCGUCUUUCGAAUCAAAGUCACGAUUUCAAAUGAUUGUUAUUGCUGUGGGAACACAUGAAAGUAGAGUACCUUAAGAAAAGAAAAAUCUAAAUUAAAAGCGCGAUCAAUUUUCGCAAAGGCGCGCAGCGGCACAGCGGAAUAUCGUUCGGUGAAAUUCCAAGUCGUGGUACACACACUAUAAGAAGUUAAAUGUUUUUGAAAAAUUUCUGAAAGAAGUGGGUAAAUUUUCAUCCAGCGAUUAUUUCUGAGAAUAAGGUCUAUUUCCAAUUCGUGAAGUUUAAAGGAUGAUAUUCGAAAAAGGCAUACAAGUAACUAUUUAGAAUAUUUUCAAGAAUUCAUGUAAGCUUGUAAUGGAACGUUAGCUAGUAUAAACGCCUCAAAACCGUUUUUGCAACAAAAAAAUCGUCAUUUUGGUGGCGUGAAGGGGCGGGGCUUUGCACUUUAAGCUUGUAGGAACUGAGCAAACCGUGUGAUAACUUUUCAAGUCAAUAUAUUAUUUUUUUAAAACCUUUUUGAGGAAAAUAUUUUGCUACAGUUCUAUAUAAGAACUUUUCAUCCGCUCAACCAAAUUUUUGAAAAAUAGAUGGACUAUAACACACAAAAUUAUUUCUUAGAUUUAUCAAUUUCUACAGAAGAUGACUUACACCAGUUUCUUGUCCCGGAAAGAGAAGAGAAGGUUGUCCAAAACGAGAACGACAUUUUUUUGGAAAAACUUUACUUUUAUCAUGGGUAAAGGUUCUGAUGGAAUACCACCUCGGAAUCGAUCAUGUUCAGAUACCUACCGCAGAUGGAAUGCCGAGUGUUUAUCAGAAGAGGGGGCGAUUUUUUGGUGAGGAAAUGGGAAGGUGAAACAAAAUGGGAGUUGAGACUACUUGAUAAGGUUAUUCAGAUGAAGGAGAAGAUUUUACGGUGAUUUCAGUCGGCAUCCCGUUGGCAUACACGAAGGAUGGUACCGAGGGUGAUUUUUUUUUUUUACAUGGGAGGUCUGUUUACUUGGCGAUCUUGAAGUUCGGCCAGAAGACUCCUUGAUGUACCAAGAGAUGAUUCUAGAAACCUCAAUCAGCAAAGUUUUCUAGUUUUCGAGACAUACGGGCUCAAAAUCCAAAAAUGGCUCAUUUUUACAGAUUUUCAGGGUUAUCUUCGACUUGAAGGUGUCCAAUUCAGAAAGUCAAAAAAUUUUUAGUGGCCACUUUACGGUUUUGACGUUUCAGUGGCCACCAUAGUAGUCAAAUUAGUGGCCACUUUAGAGGUCUAACCAGGGAACGUUUUUCACCCCCCGGUUGAACUUUUGCUGAAACUUUGCUGAAGUGUACUUUAGGACCCCCUGAUUGCAGAUCAAGAAAAAAAAUUCUCGCAAUAGAUCUUGUUUCCGAGUUAUGGAGCUUCAAAGUGUGCAAAAUACGCAAAUUAGGCCAAAAAAGGGCUAUUUCGGGCUUUUUGAAGUGUCCUAACUCGAAAACGAGAUCUUUUGCGAGAAAUUUUCUUCCUGUUCUGGAAUCAGGGGGUUCUAAAGUACACUUCGGGAAAAGUUUCAGCAAAAGUUCAACCGGGGGGUAAAAAAACGUUCCCUAGUAAGUGUAACUAGAUCACUAAAAAUUUUAGUGGUCACUUUUGGGGUCAAUAUAUCAACAUAACUGGUCCAAUCUGUUUGUUUCAAAAUUGUCAGAGUUACUGGAAGGAAUACUGGGUGAAAAACUACUGAAGUGGCCACUAAAUAGAGACCUCGAUAGUGGCCACUAUCACGGAAAAUAGUGGCCACUAUAAAGGUGGGUUUAGUGUCCUCUCCAAGUAGUUUCGAGCCUCUAUAGUGGCCACUAAAAUCUUUCCCAAUUUCUCAAAAACUAGGGAGUUGUGCAGGUUGAAACUUUCCGGAUCUUCUACUGAUACAUCAAGAAGUGUUUUGACCAAUUUGGAAGUUCCCAAACGCAAAGUAAAAUGACCUUCCUUGUGAGUUAUUGUUAAUUUUCAUAAUUGUAAACUUCUUCAAUGUGGUUUUCUUUUUUUCUUCUGCUUUUUUCAAGUUUUGACAGUUUCAAUCAAAGUUCUUAUCUCACCUAAAUCCAGACCUGGACGAGAACUAUGGGAAAGACGAACCUGUAAUAAUCAAGGACCACAUUAUUCGCCGCAAGGAAAAGGGCUAUUUCAUCGACUUCGAGAUUUGUUUUGAUUCGUUGGAAUGGCUUCUCGCCUACUACUUGCUGAACCCGGACAAGGUAAAAGCUGUUGAUAAAGAAGAUGAUCAGGACUUCGGAGUAAGUUCCGAGAAAUGAAAAAUUGAAAUUUGAAUUAGCUUGUAUUGACAAUGAAAUGUUUUAAUCAUUAAAUCAUCCGUGAAGAAAUGUAUUGAACACUGAAGAAUAUAUAUAAUUUCAGAAGUCGCUAGAUAUAAAAUUGGAACGCCCUUGCCCAAGGCGCUACUUUCAAUACAGAGGCAAUGAGAUAGAAAGAAAAAAGACAGUGAGUUAUGAUGUAUAUGUCAUCCUUAAUCUUGAAAAUCUCGACUUUUUCGAAAACUGGCGUGUUCAAAAAUGCCGUGUUCAUCACUAAAGCCACUCCAAAACAGUACUGAUUUUUGUUUUGGAGCGAUUUUCGCUUUGUCCGUUAGAUCAAAUUUUAUUCAACAACAUACGGAAUACACGGCGUUUUUUGGCGACGCCCCGCCCAUAUACUUCCCGUAAAGUGUAGUGUGUCGUGUGCAUGCACCUAGACGCCCUCGCACAUGUCAUGUUCAAAGUAAUUUUAGCGAAGUUCGAAAUCAUAUCUGAAUUUCUGAAAUUCAGUUAUAUUUUCACUCUCUGGUGGUUAUCUUGAAUUUCGCGAAAUUAUUUUCAACACGGCAUCUGUUUCAAAAAAAAAAUGAAACAGAAAAAUUGCGUUUUUUUUUAAAAGGAGACAUAGAUUCGUCUCGGGACCUAUUGAUGCGCCUUUAAUAUUUUCUGUUGUUUACGUGUUUUUCCCAUGGCGUCACAUGAGAGCGGCGGAGCUUGGCCAGGCCCUCUUAAUUUUUGGAUUUGCAUUUUCUUCCAGUAACAAAAACAGAUUAACCAACCUGAUAUAAACCCUCGACACAUAAUAAAUGUAAAUUGAGCACAUUUAUUCAUCAAUCCCGGCUUUUUUUUUAGUGGAAGAAAAUGCAAAUCCAAAAAUGAAGGGGCGGAGUCAAAACCUCCGCCGUUCCCAUGUGACGUCAUGAGAAACGAGCGUAAACAACAGGGAAUUUUAAAGGCGCAUGUUCAAUGGGUAAUGAGACGAAUCCGUUUCUCAUUCAAAAAAACGCAAUUUUUUGUUUCAUUUUUUUUAAGCACCAGCCGUGUUCAUAGUGAUUCCGCGAGAUUCAGAAUAGCCGCUUAAGAGUAAUGCCGUGUUCAAAGUGAUUCCGCGAAAUUCAAAAUAGCUGUCAGAGAAAGAGAAAGAUAACUAAAUUUUGGAGGGUCAGAGACCAUUUUGCAUUUCGCGGAAAUUACUUUGAACACGGCAUAAGAAAUAUAACUGAAUUCGCAAAAAUUACUGAACACGGCAUGUGCUAGAGCUCCGCAGUGCAUGCACACGACACACUACACUUUACGGAAAAUGGUAAAAAAAAAUCACCGUGUAAUGAAUUCAAAUAAAGCACUUGCGUCACUGAAAUUAACCGUCAAUUCGAACUUUUUUGAAGGAAUAUUUCAAACUAAAAAGUCUUUUUUUGUUGUACCGCCAUAAUGAAAUUCAUCUUUUUCGCUUGGAUCUGGCGUCUACAGCGAGGUUUUCCUCGGCGAAGUGAAUUGCCUCGGGAUUCACGGAAUGAAUGUCGCAGUCAAAAUGGUGAGUACAAUUAAAGAAGUGUUCUUGGAAAAAACUUUUUUUCUUGCAGCUGCGUAAAGAUUGUCCCAAUGCUUUUGAGCUCGGCGAAAAGAUGCUUGACGAAGCUCGCCACUUGCUCAUACUCGAUCAUGAGCAUGUCAUCGAAAUCUACGGAUGGGCUAUCGAUAAGAAGCCAUUCAUGGUUUUAAUGGAGUUUAUGGAGGGUGAGCAAUUAUAUUUUUGAAAAUAAAAACGCUUAACCGUUUGGGAUUUACUGGAAAUCGGCCAGACAACUCCUUGAUGUACCAGGAAAAGAUUCUGAGAGUCCCAACUUGCCCAACUUUCUAGUUUUCGAGAAAUAAGGUUCUAAAGCCUCAAAAUAGCCUAUUUUUAUGGGUUUUUAGGAUUUUCCUUGACUUCGAGGCGUCUUUUCCUAACGAGGGAGUUUUGCAGCUUGAGAUUUUCAGAAUCUUCUACUGAUACAUCAAGGAGCGUUCUAGUCAUUUUGCUGGAAAAUCCCGACCACAAAGUAAAAUUACCUCCCUCGUCAGAGCUGAAGUAAAAUGAAAUUGUAUAAAAGCUGCUCAAAUUGAAAAGCAAGUCCUAACGAAACAGCAUUUUCUAGGCGGCUCCCUAGACAGUUUUCUGAUCGAGAACUUCGAGGGAUCCAACAAUUCCCGUCUGCUUAAGUUCGCCCUUGAAGCGGCAAAAGCAGUUGCUUACUUACACGAGAUGGACGUGCUUCAUCGCGAUGUCUCCGCCCGGAACUGUUUGCUCGCUUCAGAUCUUACGGUUUGAUCGAAAUUAUCGACAGAAACUAGGAAGAAAUAUUUUCUAGCUCAAACUUUCGGGUUUCGGCUUUGCAACAUCCGGCAUAUUGCACUUUAUGCGGACUGCGGAGAAGUUACCGACUCGGUAUUUGUCCCCGGAAACUCUUUCCAUUUUCGUAUUCGUUCAAGUUUCUGACUGUUUCGGUUUCGGAGUGAGUUGACUUUCUCAGGACAAGAGAAAAUGGAUUAUUUCAGAAUCUCUUGUACGAGAUCUUUUCGGGGGGAAUGAUGCCAUACGAGGAGUUGAAAUCUGCCGAAGCCAGAGAAAAAGUUGGUCUUAUUCUUUUUGGUUCACUUUUAGCUUUAAGUGAUGAGAGAAAGCAGAAUCACGAGACAAAACUUGCACUUUUUGAAAGCUUCUCACAUUUUCGAUAGCAUGAAACUUUUUCCAAAGGGCAAUUUCCUCAAGAUCUAACCUUUGUGAUAGCGCAAACGUGUAGAAAACUGUAAACCUCAGACAAAGUUCUGAUUUGAGAUUUUAAACGGGGAGAUCAACAAUCUGGAAGAGACUCGCGCUCCGCCGGCUCUUCGUAAUUUUGUCGAAAUGAAUUUGUGGGCCUACCUUAUGGUGGAUAGAACGGACAUGGAUAAGGUUUUCAAGACGAGUUGAUCGAGUCUCAAGACAACUUUCAGACUGUGGAAUUCCUUGAAGCCCUCUACAAGGAAUGCAAGAAGGUCAGUUCAUCUGCCUGCAUCAGUUUCUGAUUCAAAUACUUUUUCAGAUUGAAAAGGCGCCGAAGACAGAUACGGAAGCGAGCAUUGUGAGUUUGAACGAGCUCGAAAACAAGAAUUGCAAAAACAUUUCGAAGCUCUUUUUUCAGAAACUCUAGAGGGGUCCCUAUAGGAGCAACCGUAGGAUACCCUUUAGGGACCCCUUUACCAACCUCCAUUGAAGCUUGUAAAAGUGUUCCCUAUAGGGAACAUGCUAGUCGAUAAUUAUUAUGAACUCUAGGCGGAGAAGCAUUUCCCUGAAAAAAAAAAAACUCAACAAAUACAUUGAGAGACCUCUAUAGGGACCACUUUCAUCUUACCCCUCUAGGGACCACUCCGGAAUUCCCAACCUGAUAACUUUGGUGAGAAACUGGAAAACCAUGAUUUAUGAUUUUUAUCGAUUGCGGAAAGGUGAUGAAAUAAAGUAAUUUUAGAAAAACAAAUAAAGAAUUCAAUUUCCUGAAAAUUUUUUUAAGAGUGUGUAUUUUUUUUUCAUCGAGAAAUAAACUUCUAUCACUACAGGAAAAAGAAGGCGUGGAGCCUACUAAAAAGGAUGGUUCCACCAAACUUCGCCGUCGAAAACCCGUGAGCCGCGCUGUAAGUUACGCCUUUACCUGAUCCAAAUUGAGAACUUUUUUCAGGAGUUACUGGAGGACAUAUGUCCUACCCAAGAGGAAACAACCGCGCAAAAUGAAUAA